GCCGACAGUCGACAGGGAUAGCGCAUAAAUGAUUGGUCCGCGAUAAGGAUUAGGGUUAGGGUUCGACUUACGGCUUUGCGACGAACAUCGGAGGAGGAGGCUGCGUGAAGGCGAUCGAAUCAACCAUGACGGGGAAGGCGAAGCCGAAGAAGCACACAGCGAAGGAGAUCGCUGCGAAAGUCGACGCCGCGACGACCAAUCGGGGCGGCGGCAAGGCGGGGCAGUCGGAUCGCACCGGACAGGAAAAGGGCGGCCACGCCAAGCUGGAAUGCCCUCUUUGCAAGACCACCGCUCCCGAUAUAAAGUCCAUGCAGAUCCACCACGACGCCCGCCACCCGAAGGUCCCUUUCGAUGAGUCCAAGCUUGUCAACCUCCACGCUACCGUCGCCGUUGAUGCCUCCAAGCCCCGUCCUGGCGUCCGUGGAAGCCACAAGAAGUAAUUUUGCUCUAUGUUUGUACCGCAAUUCUCGCCUAUACUUCUACUUGUUAUAGUAGUACCUCCGUCAUCGUCGUUGAUCUACAUGUUGGUCUUCCUUGAAACAUUUGUUCUUGUACUCUUACACGCGCUUAAGCAAUCAGUUAUGGUGUGACCAUACGUUUACCGUAUCUGGUGUUGAGAGGUUAAGGACAUGUGAAUAAGUUGUCGAAGUAUUGGAUAUUGAACUUUAUUAAUGCCUAUGCUAUUCCUACUUUGGUUA